AUGGCGGGAGACUUUAAUCGCCACCACCCAAUAUGGAGCCGUAACCAAAUCCCCACAACGGCUAUCGAACACGCCGAGGAGCUGGUCAGCUUCUUCCAGGGACUCGGGCUCCAUUCAUGUCUACCACGAGGCACACCCACGUUCUGGUCAUUAAGCCACCCGGGAAGCACUUCGACCAUCGAUCUUACAGUCACUGACCAGCCGGAGAAUGUCACCAGGUGCCACCUGUACCAUGACCACUAUGGAUCGGACCAUCGAGCUACCUAUUCCGAAUGGUCCCUCCAAACAAUGCGGAACGCAGAGCCAAAACCAAGAAAAGCAUACGAACGAUCAGACUGGGAAAAGAUCGGGAAAUUGUCGAUCGCCGAACUCGACAAGACGGUAGAAAGGCUCAUCUCCUGCACGACUAGGGCCGUAGACCAACACACACCAGUGGCGAAACCGUCACCGUACGCCAAACGUUGGUUCUCCCCGGAACUAAAGAUACAACAGGGAGAGGUCAACAGAGCUCGCCGGCGAUGGCAAGAGAGCUGCGCUAUAAGAGGGCGCCAACAUGAGAUAUCUAACGCCCUUUUCCACGACAUGCAAACGAAACGCCGAGCUUGGACGCGAGCCAUUGAGAAAGCCAAAUCGCAUCACUGGAAAGAAUUCCUGGACAAAGCGGGAGAAGGACACCUCUGGAAGGCAGCGUCAUACAUGAAACCGCGAGAAUCCUUUGGCUGUAUCCCACCUUUGAAAGAUGGAACAAACGAGGUAGUAGACAACAAGUGCAAAGCCAAGUUAUUUAUGGACACAUUCUUCCCCAAGAUGGCAACCCCAGAAACCACAGAAAAUACACCACCCAAAGAAGAAAUUCGCUGGGAGCCUAUCACGAAGGAAGAGGUCCACAGAGCCCUGCAACGCAUGAAAACCAUGAAGGCCCCAGGAGAAGACGAAAUCCCAACGCUUGCGUGGAAACAGAUAUGGCCAUACCUCAACGAGGAGAUCUUUCAGAUCUUCACAGCGUCUAUCAACCUCGGACACUACCCACAACAAUGGAAGACAGCAAGGAUUAUAGUCCUCCGGAAACCGAACAAACCAGACUAUACUAAGCCUGAAACAUACCGACCGAUCUCGCUCCUAAAUACACUCGGCAAGGUCCUAGAAGCAGUUGUCGCAAAACGCCUUUCGUUUUAUGCGGAGACCUAUAAUCUGCUACCGAACACCCAAUUCGGUGGCAGGCCAGGACGAAACACCGAGCAGGCACUGCUGGUGCUAUCUAACGCCAUCGACCAGGCAUGGAUCCGAGGUCGGGUGGUGACACUGGUAGCCUUCGAUCUCAAAGGCGCCUUCAAUGGGGUUAAUAGCAAGGUCCUUGACCUCCAACUCAAAGCACAAGGGAUCCCGAUCAUCAUCCGCACCUGGAUCGCCAGUUUCAUGGAAGAUCGUACUGCAAGUAUCGCCUUCGACGACUUUGAAUCCACUAGAACUACCCUGGACAAUGCUGGCCUAGCCCAAGGAUCACCGUUAUCUCCGGUCCUAUUCAUCUUUUUCAAUGCAGAACUGGUGGACCAACCAGUUGAUCGAAAGGGUGGUUCAUCGGCGUUUAUCGACGACUACUUUCGAUGGGUCGUGGGACCAUCCGCAGAGGACAAUCUUCGGAGACUACAAAGUGACGAUAUACCGCGGAUUGAACAGUGGGCCAGACAAACAGGUUCAUCCUUCACAGUAGAGAAGACAGAAUUGAUCCACCUGACACGGAAAAAGACCGAACGCAACAAGGGACAACUGACCAUCGAGGGCAGCACCAUCAAACCAAGCACUACCGCCAAGCUCCUCGGUGUGGUCUUCGACAAUGAGCUCCGAUGGAAGCCGCAUGUACAACAGGUGUUAAAGAGAGCCACAAGAGUCAACACAGCACUGGGUGGUCUGCGACACCUGCGGCCCGGUCAAAUGCGACAGCUAUACCAAGCCUGCGUCACGCCCAUCGUGGACUAUGCAUCCACGGUCUGGCACAGCCCGCCGAAAGACAAGAUGCACCUCCGGGCCCUCAACACGGUCCAGCGAUCGACACUCAUUCGGAUCCUGUCGGCAUUUCGAUCCACUGCUACUGCCACGAUGGAAGUUGAGAUGUUUACGCUACCGACCCGCCUCCGUCUCCGACAGCGAGCGCAGUUGACCAUUAUUAACAUGCUCACACUCCCGUGGGAUCAUCCCAUACAAGGAGUACUGUCACGGGCCAGAAGGCGACGCGAUCACGCCGGCAUUGGCAGUGCCCCACGAUUUCCACUAGCCGAGUCAAUGAAAACCAUGCGUGUAGAACAAUUCAACGGGUUAGAAACCAUCGACCCGAAACCGACAGCACCGUGGAAGCCAUCGGUUUUUAAGGAAAUCGACAUCACCCCAGAUCGAGAAAAAGCGAGGAAGAAAGCCGCGGCCCUACUCGUGGAUCCGAGUCGAGUUGUCUAUUCGGACGCCUCGGGACAUGACAGCCACCUUGGGGCAGCGGCCGUGGCCUUAGACCGGCACCAGAAAGUCGUAGCAUCUCGCACGACGACAAUAGGCCCAAUGGCACAAUGGUCCAUCCAUACUGCGGAGCUAAUCGGCAUUUUUUAUGCAAUCAGCCUAGCGUUCAGACUCUCACAUCAAAAUAAACAGCCCAGCCGACCAGGAACGGGCGAAAUGAUAACCAUCCUGAGUGACAGCAAAUCGGCACUGCAAGCAAUUAGGAACCCAAGCAAUAAAUCUGGUCAAAGGGUGAUUCAAGCGAUCAACCAGUCAGCGUAUGAACUAGAUAGCCGAGGCAUCUCUCUUCGUCUCCAAUGGAUCCCGGGUCACUGCGAUGACCCAGGGAACGACGCGGCAGACCACCUGGCCAAGACAGCAGUUGGCCUCGACAAGACACAUCCCUUCUGUCGACCAGUCUCCCGCGAGAAAGCAGCGAUCCGAAAACAAAUCCUAAAAGAAUGGGAAGACGAAUGGAAAGCAUCACGGAAGGGUGCCCACCUCCGGAGAAUCGACAGCACGCUCCCAUCUAUCCAUACCCGGCGACUAUACCAGUCGCUACCCCGGAACCGAGCCUACUUAUUAACGCAACUACGAACAGGACACUCUUGGCUGGCAACCCAUGGAAAAUUCCUCCAGUUCCGCGAGGACGAUACAUGCGAGUGUGGCGCGAAGGAAACCGUCACCCACGUUCUGAUUGAUUGCCCGAGACUGGCUACCGAACGACAGAAACUACGGAAAGAGGUGGGUGAAGCUUUUGGGGAUAUAUCGCUCAUGCUAGGAGCGAAAGAUCAUAGUAGCAAAAGCAAUACUCCGCAAGGCAGCGUUUUAGGCGCUGUGCUGGACUUCGCAGAAGCUUCUCAAAGGUUUUGUAACCGUGGGCCAACGGACCCACCGGAAAGGAACCCAAGGCAAAGGCCGACCACAGGCCCCUAG